GUCCAUUUUGUGAGGAACCUGGUGAACCUUGUGCAUCUCAGUCAUGCUUGAAUGGGGGCAUAUGCCAAUAUAAUCAGUCUGGAUAUAUUUGUGAUUGUCCUACUGGUUUUCUUGGUCACAACUGUGAAAUUGAUAUCAAUGAAUGUUCUUCAACACCAUGUCAGAACAGAGGUACAUGUAUUGAUUUGCCAAAUGAUGUGGCAUGUAUCUGUCUGCCAAUAUUCACUGGCAAGUUCUGUGAGAAAAUAAUGAAUCCAUGUGAAUUAUUGCCUUGCUUAAAUAAUGCAACUUGUGUAGCUCAACAGCAGAACUAUAACUGCCGCUGCAUGCCAGGAUUCACUGGAAAGAACUGUGAGGAAGUAAUUGACUACUGCAGGCUGCUCAGCAUCAGCUGUCUGAAUGAAGGAUUGUGUCUUAAUAUAAUUGGAGGAUUCACUAACCAGACCCGUCAGCCAGCUGUCAGGCUGGGAAUCAAUCUGCUUCUUUUCAGAGGAGUGGCAAGCAGUGCCAAGCCCCGCAGGCCUGCGGUACACCCUGCACGAGCCCGAACAGCCUUUCUGGAAACUCUGCUGCCGCUGCUCCCCUUUGCCACUUCGUAA